AUGGUGUUAAGAGAGGAGACGUGUGGUAGGAUGGGCGGCGCGCGCGAGGCGGUGAGCAGCGCGGCGGCGAUGGCGAAGGCGCGCGCGCGCGUGGCGUCGACAGUACCGCUGGCGGAGGCCGCGCGCGUGCGCCCGCUGGCCGCGCACGCCAUGACGUUCCUGGACACAAGGCCCUGCGACAUGCGCACCGGUACAACAUCGCCCGCCCCUACACUACACUGCACUACCGACUCGUACGAGUUAACUGACACGACACCUGACAAAUACUGCGUGCAAAAAGUUGCGGGAGAGAGCGUGCUUGCUCGGCUCGUCUGCUAAACCGCAGACAUAAAAUUGUCAUUAGCCAAAGACGUCUUGUGCGGUACACUUGAACACACAUUUCUCACACAAUACAAUUUGGUUUAGUUUCCAAAGCCAUCUUGUGUACGUUCACAAAUUGUAUAAGGAGCGGCAAUACAAUGACAUGGAAUAUACGCAAGCACGGCAUACUAGCCACGACUGACGAGUUGCCACUCGCGCCUUAAACUCCUAUAAUUUCGAUAAUUUUGUAAGUGUGUGCGUGCGACGACGCAUACGCACGGGCGCGCUCACAUACAAACCAUUUUCGGUGCGUACUGCGUAUGUAUGAAGAGCACUUAGUCUUUGUACUCUGGAUUGAAUAUUGAAAUGAUUUAGAUUGUGAUUUGAUACACGUGACUCACGUCAGCGUCCCUGAUGCUGUCCCUGGAGAACGGUCAGGUGCAGGGGUGGUCGGACCACCCGGCGGGGGGCUACCAGGGCUCCUUCCAGGCGGCGCACGCGGCGGGCGACUACGUGUCCGCCCUCUCCACCGACCCUGACAACCGGUACCUUUUCACCGGGACCACCGUCGGGUACAUCAAGGUCUGGCUCAUGACCAACUACCUCACUACCGUCCAGGAACACGUGAGCAUGCCGCGGCUGCGGCUGACGUUCCCGUUCCUGUGGCGGGACCGCAUCGAGGGCCGCGCCAAGCGCCGCGUGCGGGACCAGCCGCUGCCGCUGCUGCUCAACUCGUACCGGGCCCACCUGCGCUGCAUCACCACCCUGGCGUACGUGCCGCCCCUGCAACUGCUGCUCAGCGGCAGUUCGGACUACAGCGUGCGCGUGUGGCGGCUGUCGGGCGAGUACCUGCAGACGCUGGGCAGCUUCGUGCCCUGGACCCUGGACCGGCCGCGGCUGCCGCCCGACGUGCGCAAGGUGUGGCGCGGCGGGUACGUGUCGCGGUUCGUGCCCGGGCAGACGGAGGUGGACAAGUUGCGCGACAUCACGGAGGUGGAGCUGCGCACGCGCACGUACCCGGCGGCCGCGCAGGAGCCGCUGCUGGGCGGCUACUUCCGGCUGCCCGCGCGCCCCGAGCGGCAGGACCGCGUGCGCCUCGACGACUCGCUGCAGACAAUCCCGUUGUACGCCCACCUGCGCAUGGCGUCCACUACGCCGGUCCGUCGCCCGCCCACGCCCGAGCUAGUGCGCGACACCAGGCUCCGCUCGCAACACGCGCGUAAGGCACACUUCCACCAGCCCAACCAACAGCACCCACCCGCUGAAUAA